AUGCAGCUCACUCAUUUGUCUCUUGCCCUUGGGCCUGCUCUGCUUCACAUGGCAGCAGCUGCACCGGCCGACGAGCCUCUGGGCAACCAGAAUACGAACGAAGCUUAUGGUCUUUUGACCAAAGGGCAAGGCUACAACACUUUCCUUGAAAAGGGCAGAAUUGUUGACGCCGUCAUCUGGCCCAAGAACAAGAAGAGAGCCGAUUCAGAUGCACCUGAGAACACCCAAAACGAGAUUGGUUUCGACUUCGUGCCUCCCACCACCGGCUUGGACGACUUUGCGGGUAUCGAUGCGGCGGAGUACUUUGAGGCCCCCAAGCCCGAAGAGGUCGAGGCCCGUAUCGCUGAAGAGUUGAAAAAGUUGAAAGAUGAGAAGAGGAGGAAGAAAGAGGAAAAGAAAAAGUUGCUUGCGUCGAACAGCCUGCAAUCUCGCGCCGAGGACCCAAGCUGCCCGGGUACGGUGCACAAGGAGACCAAGUUUAUCGAAGACUACAAAACCUACCUGAAGACUCUCGGUAUUGGCGGUGGCGCUACCAUCUCAGGCUGGGGUCAGAGUGCUUCUGUCUCUGGUAAUUACCUGGACCAGGCCAAGUUCAACAAGAACAGCUUGACAUAUAUCGCCGUUAUCAAUGUUGAGAGACAGAACACUGAACCUGGCGGAUUCCAGUUUAACACGGCGAGAUACAAGGCUGGAAGAUUUGCCAAAGACUUUGGUGACCGCUGGAUUCAUGGCUUCAAGACUGGUGGCAGGAUGGUUGCUCGCGUCACGUUUACUGCCACGGAUGACACCAAGUCAACGGACCUGAAGGCAAAUGCCAAGACGGCAUUGAGCUUCUGGGGUGUCAAGGGUGACUUGACCCUCGACGUCAAAAAGGGCAUGGAAGAGGUUAACAAGCACACUACUGUCGAAGUUUCACUCUUCUACCAGGGCGAGUUGGGUGCCAUUAUGAACAAGGAAAAGUCCCCCAAGGACAUUUCCUUUGGAUCUGCAGAAUCAGUACUCAGCCAGGUUAAGACGUGGGCUGACAAGUUUGAGGACUAUGUCUGCAAGCAAAACUUUGCAUACGGUCCCCUUCUGGAUGAGUACGACGUGGUCCCAGGCUUCAGUGACCUAGACGACGUGGAGGUUCCUGAUUACGACUUCGUGUCUCUCUAUUCUAUUGAGAUUCUGUCCCUUAUGGUGAAGAUUGAAGAGCAGAAGAAUAUCCUAGUCGCUUCCAAGGAAAUUGACGACACCAAGAAGAGUGAAAUCACGAGGGACGCCCUCCAGAUGAUCGGUGAAGGCAAGAAAUGGGUCAAAUCGGCUGGUCAAGAUCCGGAAAAGGCUGCUCCAGAGGCCGCGAAAGUCAUGACAUCUCUUGGCACCAAUUUCAUCAACAAGUACAAGGCAGACGUGACCUUGGCGCUCAAGGUCAAUGAUCCAGCCGGCUUUGCGAAAUGCAAGAAGCUUGCGAACCAAAAGACUGUAGAGUGUGUCAGAACCCACGGCAAAUCUCAAGAAGGUCAAGAUGUGUUUGAGUUUUGCGCCAAGCUAGCUGGAGCUUUGACAUGA